GACCCAUUAGCCUUAUACUGAAAGCUUCGAAAUAUAAUUAUUCGCCAGUCAUUGCGAUUCACCGCUUUAUAAUUCAGCGCCCGGCAUUUUUCCUGAGCAACAUAAGGUGCAUCAACCCGUACAAGCGUACACACAAUACACCAGCCAUCAAUCCUGAAGUCUCCAUCGACGCGGCCGUAAUUAAAUCAACCCCGAAUUACCCGUGAUUACCCACGCUCCAGCGCCCUGAUCCACUCAUUAUCCCCGACACACACAGCCCCGGCAUCCGUAUCCCGUAUUAUAAACCCUCCGGAUUUCUCGCUUACUGCUCAUAUAUUUCCUCUUGAUUAAUCAUGGCAGCGUAUUUCACCGAUAAGUGUGCCAUUCUCACCGUCCUUGUCAACUGCAUCCGCCGUGUCAAGAUGGAGACCCACCGCCUGCGCCACCCGUCUGCCGCCGAGACCGCGGACGCCAUCUUCACCCAGCAGACCAUCAUUCCGCGUAGUUUUAUGCGCUGGAUGCGGGUCUUUGGAUUGUUUCCCUAUCCGACGUGUUUCCUCUGUCAUAACGCGCAGCGGAUUAAUUCCCCGCGGUUCCGAGUACAGCGGGUGUGCUGGCUGGUGUGGACGGCGGUCUUCUGGGUGGCGCUGAUUUUAUUUUUCCUUAUGCAGGAGUAUGAUUACUUCAAACGCGUCUCGUCUUUAUUAGUGGAUCUCGAGUUCUUCACGUUGAUCGCGUUCGAAUUCAAAUCGGUGAUGGUGUUACAGGGUCCGUACAUGGUGACGUGUAUGCUGUUUAUUAGCGGCCGCAUCCCGGGGAUUAUGACCGAGGCGCAGGUGGCGCUGCGACGGUUACUAAAAAAACGCGAUAUCACGCGCUUACGCCGGUACACAGUCGGGUUAAUCACGUUCUCCGUGAUCUCCAUUGGCGUCUGUGUCAUCGGGAAACUGAUGGGGCUGAUCGCACUGACCCGGGCGAACUACUACUACGAACCCGGCGUCCGCUCCCCGUACUUCUUUAACGCCCUAACCGUCGACCCGGAGGUUCACUACGCGACGCACCUUCUCGGCAUCUUCUUAACCGUCACCUGCGAGCUCCUCCCACCAACUUUACUCCUGAUCUUCAUGGUUUAUUUUCACGCGGGGUUUCAACGCCUGAACCGCCGGCUUGCGGACUGGGGGCGGGGCGAGGUGGAUGUUGAUGCGCACCGGCUGCGGCAGUUGUUCCGCGUGUACAGCGGACUGAGCGGGGUGGUGACGCAGUUGGGGCGGGUGUUCGGGCCGGUGGUGUUGGUGGGGUGCUUGAAGGAUGUGUUUACGUGGGCGGCGUUGAGCGGGACGUUGCUGCAGGUUGCUAAGGGCGAGUGGAAGGAAGUGGAGCGGUUCGCGCAAGCGCAUACGUAUAUUAAGAAUAUGGAGAUUGUCACCUUUACGUAUACGGCUAUCGGGCUGUGUAACAUGGCCGUGCGGAUGGUGGUCUUCUUGGCUGUGUACGAUCAGGCACAAUCCAUACGGAAGUACUUAACCCGGAUUGCGGCGGAGAGCGACGAUGAGAAAGUUCUGAUAGAAUGCAACCGCAUUACGGUACAUCUCAGCACUAGUGACGGGGCGCUCUCCGUGUGCGGCUUGUUCGACCUAACCAAGGAAUAUAUUAUUGCCUUCAUUGGUUUGGCCGUGACCUAUUUACUACUGAUCUACCAGACACGCGAUUCCCGCAAGGAUAUUGAAGGCAUGAAGGAGAUGUUGAAGCGGCAGGAAAUGGUGUUGAAUUCUCUGUGGAAUGCUACCGUGCAUGGUAGCCGAUAGAUACCACAACAGAAAACAAUAUUAAUAUAAUUAAAUUCUUUUUUAUUUUAUUGAUACGAGUCUACGAUCACAUGAUUCUGAUAUAGGCGCCCUGUAUCUAAUUGUCUCACUUAACAGUAUUAUACCUGCCUGCACCAUGCACGAACAGAUUGUUGACAUAACUGAAUUUAUUAA